CUUGUGCAUGUAAGUCGUAGUUGAGUUUGCGUAUCCCAGAGCCCGUCCGCGACAGCGAACGGAACACUUGCAGCAAUUUCAACUUGCAGCGUUCAAUUUGCAGGACUUGAACGCGCUCUUUUACCUACAAUCGUGGCCUUGUAGCGCCCCGAAGAUGCUCCGGUCGCUGUUCGCGCUGGCCGUCAUUGGGGGGCUGUCGUGGGCUCCUGCCGCCCUGGCGGUGCGGCUGGCGGUGGAGCCUGAGCGCCUGAGCACGUCAGGCGAGGUGACCUCAGUUCCCGCCGUGUUUACGAACGGCGCGUGGGAUGGCUCGUCACCCGCAGCGCCGCUCAACGCCUACAUUGCAGCGCUGCUGAGCAAGGAUGUGUACUUCAAGCACGUGGUGAAUCCGCAGGCCAGACCGCCCAUCGCGCGGCACAACUUCACGGCGUUCGCGGCAUUGUUCUGUCGCUCCAUGCAGCGCCUGGGCGCAGACGACUGCGAGGCUGUAGCGGGCACUCAGGCGCUGGUGUGGGCGCUGGUGCGCGCCGGCCCGAGUGUGCUGCUGGUGGUGCGCGGCUCCAACUCGCCUGAGAACUGGAUCACGGACGUCACCAGCCUGCGCACCACCAAUGUGGGCGACUUCGGCGGCGGCACCGCCGGUACAAACGUGGCGGCUGGGUUUUACAAGGUGUUCAACGCCAACCGGCGAGAUAUCCUGACGCGUGUGCAGAAGGCCAUGCAAGCUGCGUCCGCCGCAGCAGCUGCGCAAAAGGCUGCUGCUGCUGCUGGCACCGAGGGGGCUCUGCAAGAUGGUGGCGACGUGGGAGCGCGGCUGUGGGUGUUUGGCCACAGCUUGGGCGGUGCGGUCGCAUUGAUGACGGCUGCAUACCUGGACUUCCGCGCCGGCCUCACGCCAACGGGCGUCUUCACAUAUGGCUGCCCGCGCGUGGGUGACUCCACUUGGGCGGCCGCUUACCGCCUCCAUGCCAUCACCCAGCGGCUGGAGAACGCGGGUGAUAUCGUGCCCACGCUUCCCUUCGGCACCGCCUGGCGCCACGUCGGCUCCGCCAUCGCCAUCAGCGACUGUGCUGCCCUCACCGGCGAGGCGACGGCGCAGCCCGCCCGCGACGUCGCCGCCGCCGCAGCUGCGGCGGCGGCGGGUGACGACGAGGCGCGGGCGGUGGAGGUGCUGCUUCGCUACAGCACUGAGCGUCCUGAUGAACAACAGCAGGAGCUACACGAGGGACAGGGUGCGCAGGGCAGCCGGCGGCAGCAGCUUGCUCGCGGCGCCAGCAAGACUGGGCUCACCUCGACCAGCGGUGUGGCCGCCGAGCUGGGAUUCCCCUUCCCUUUUCCCUUCCUGGUCAAGGAUCACAUGAUACAGACGUACGUGUCAGUCCUGUGGAGCUGCCUGCCGGAAACUCAGCAGGACCUCGUGCCGGGCCCGCAGGACGUGUAUGAGCCGUUGGCGACUGCCGCCUGAGCUGCUUGCGACGUGCAAGCAUGCCAGCAGGCACCUGUAUCUAUAUGCAUGGGGUUGGAGCAAACGCGUGCAUGUUAGUUGAUUCGCCAUUUCGUGCAUGUUGGUUGAUACGCUAGUGUGCGAUGUCAAGGUACCCAGUCCACUGGCAUGAAGCGAGGCGUUCAAGUGCUGCAUGUAUUAGCGCCUUGGGCAGUGUGUACUACUAGCACGGUUGGGACCCGGGCAUCGCCUGGGCCGUGUUGUCCCUAUACAUACUGCGGCGUUUUGCAUUCGCAUUCACUAGCAAGCACUUCGAUACCGUACAGCAGUACACGGUCAUGAGCAAACGCGGAGCCAAGGGAGCCCUGCGCGCGGAGCUGAGGCCCACCGAGUGGUGGCCGCAUAAGAGCUAGCCUGGAUUGCAGCCGCCCCGCCAGCGCACUUACCACCUUACGGCAGCCUGCUUGAGAGCUGUCACCGGGGGCGGAAGUGGUGCUGCUGUUCGGCUGGAGUCUGUGAACUGAUUACAGGAAGUAGGACAGUAGUGACGACAUGAUGCUGCCAGUGUCUUGACUCUUGGAAGUUAGCAGAGCGCUGGUCUUCUGGACAUGUGCCCAGCUGCGCCCGCUUCUUGAACAUCUAUCGUGCCAGCUCCCAAGCC